UGCAUUUCCGCUGUGGGCGGGGUUAGUGAGAGGUUAACACCAUCCGAUCCACGUCCGCUGCCCAGGACACAGACUGCUCUUUCCUGGCAUAAAAAAAAAAAAGACAUGCUCGGCUUGUUGUUCUUAAUUUAUGUAUAUUCCAGUCUCUUUUUAUACUUUGAGGUUUCCAUAAAAAGGUGGCGUUAGUUUGUUAUGAUAGUUUCUGGUAGUCCGGUGAAAAGCUAAAAAAGUUUCGGUAACAAAGACACUCGUUCGCCUGAAUAUCGAGUAGUGAAUGAAACUAGGCAAAGAUCACUCAAGGAUUUUUUUCACACAUCGACAAAAUCGCUUUAAAAUUGUGGUCGAGAGUUGAUCUGUCGGCGGAGAAUACGCACUGAGAUGAAGGUGAAGGUGGCAUUGAUAGCUGUUCUUCUGGGGUUUUUCUCCUUCUGUUCAGCUCAACUAGAUGGUAAUGAUUGCACUAAGGCUUCAGCUCAGUCUUGUGGUGAAUGUAUACAGGUUGGAGAAAAGUGUGGCUGGUGCACCUAUGAAGCCUUUCUGAAGCAAGGCGAAUCCAAAUCAACACGCUGUGAUGAAACUGAGGCUCUGAUUAAGAAGGGUUGUCCUCAGAACAAUGUGGAAAAUCCUCGAGGAGCAGUCCAUGUCAACGAGAACAAAACUGUCACAAACCGUGAAAAAGAUGUGGCUGAGAAACUGAAACCGGACCAGAUAACACAGAUUCAACCUCAGAAGCUCACACUGAGCCUAAGAGCAGGCGAGCCUCAGAAAUUUUCCCUGAAGUUUAAAAGAGCAGAGGAUUAUCCCAUUGACCUGUAUUACUUGAUGGACUUGAGUUACUCCAUGAAAGAUGAUUUGGAGAAUGUGAAGAAUUUGGGAACGGACCUGAUGCGUGAGAUGCAGUCAGUAACGUCUGACUUCAGGAUUGGUUUUGGUUCGUUUGUGGAAAAGACCGUGAUGCCCUACAUCAGUACAACCCCUGCUAAGCUUCUGAAUCCCUGCACUUCUGAUCAGAACUGUACAAGCCCCUUCAGCUAUAAAAAUGUACUUAGUCUGACUGAGGAUGGCCAUCAAUUUAACAGCCUAGUCAGCCGGCAACAAAUUUCUGGAAACCUGGACUCACCCGAGGGAGGCUUUGACGCCAUCAUGCAAGUUGCUGUCUGUGGGGAACAGAUUGGUUGGAGGAAUGUCACUCGACUACUAGUGUUUUCCACUGAUGCUGGCUUUCACUUCGCGGGAGAUGGUAAACUGGGUGGCAUUGUGCUUCCCAAUGAUGGAAAAUGCCACCUGAAGGAUAAUAUGUACACAAUGAGCCAUUACUAUGACUACCCUUCAAUUGCACACCUUGUACAGAAACUGAGCGACAACAACAUUCAGACCAUCUUUGCUGUGACUGAGGAGUUCCAGCCUGUCUAUAAGGAGCUUAAAAAUCUCAUUCCAAAGUCAGCUGUGGGAACAUUGUCUGCGAACUCCAGUAACGUGAUCAAACUUAUCAUUGAUGCCUACAAUUCUCUGUCGUCUGAGGUGAUCCUGGAGAACAGCAAGCUGCCUGAGGGAGUGUCCAUCUCAUACGUGUCCCACUGCAAGAACGGAGUGAGUGAAACAGGAGACAAUGGAAGGAAGUGCUCAAACAUCUCCAUUGGUGAUGAGGUGACCUUUGACAUAGCCAUCACCACUAAGGGCUGCCCAUCACAUGGUACAUCCGAGGUGAUAAAGAUCAAGCCACUGGGCUUCAAUGAGGAGGUAGUGAUUGUUCUAAACUUCAUCUGUGAGUGUGAAUGUUCCAAAGAAGGAAUCCCCAAAAGUCCAGACUGUCACUUUGGAAAUGGAACCCUUGAGUGUGGAGCAUGCAGAUGCAAUGAGGGACGUAUUGGAAGGGUUUGUGAAUGUAGCAAAGAUGAUGUCAGGGCAGAGGAUCUGGAUGCAAACUGCCGCAUGGACAAUGGCACAGAUAUCUGUAGCAACAACGGAGACUGUAUCUGUGGAACAUGUGAAUGCAAGAAGCGAGACAACCCAGAAGAGCGGUAUGAAGGCAAGUACUGCGAAUGUGACAACUUCAACUGCGACCGAUCGAACAACAAACUAUGCGGAGGUCAUGGUCAGUGUGUAUGCAGAGUGUGUGUGUGUGAUGCAAACUACACAGGCAGUGCAUGUGACUGUCCCCUGGACAAGCAGCCCUGUGUAGCCAGUAAUGGGCAGAUCUGUAAUGGUCGUGGCACCUGCGACUGUGGACUGUGUAAAUGCACCGACCCGAAGUUCCAAGGUCCCACCUGUGAGAUUUGCCCCACUUGUCCUGGAGUCUGCACAGAGCACAAACCCUGUGUUCAGUGCCGUGCAUUUAAGACUGGAGAGAUGAAAGAUAAAUGUGAAGAGAAAUGCAACUACUUUAAACUAACCAUGGUGAAAGAAAAGGAGGAUCUUCCUCAGCCAAGCAGCCAGCCCUACCUCAGUCACUGCAAAGAGCGUGAUGCCAAUGACUGCUGGUUCUUCUUCACUUAUGCCACCAAGAAUGACAGUGUUGAGGUCUAUGUGGUCGAGAAGUUGGAAUGCCCUACUGGUCCUGACAUUAUCCCAAUCGUAGCGGGUUUGGUUGCAGGCAUCGUUUUGAUUGGUCUGGCCCUGCUUUUCAUCUGGAAGCUGCUCAUGAUUAUUCAUGACCGCAGAGAGUUCGCAAAGUUUGAGAAAGAGAAGAUGAAUGCCAAGUGGGAUGCGCAAGAUAAUCCCAUUUAUAGGAGUCCUAUUAACAAGUUCCACAAUCCGAGUUAUGGAUGCAAAAGUGGGGCGCUCUAAGCCAGAGGUGAGAAUCCCAUCUAUAAGAGUGCAGUGACUACAGUGGUCAAUCCCAAAUACGAGGGAAAGUGAGGGACAAAUGGUCUAUCUCAAACACUGUAUGCAAAUUAAUUCAGGAGCAAAGGAGAAGUUUUGUUUUUUGUUUUUAACACACAUUUUGCUAGCUGUGCAUUCUCCACAACUUGCAUUAUAAUCUACUUAUUUUGUAUUUCUAUGUAUUGUGUACUGAAUGCAUUGUGUUUUCUAACUGUUUUAAUAUUUUUUUCUUAAUAUUUGUGUUGUCACGGGACUGGAUUUGGUCUUGGAAUAGAGUCAUUUCAUGCUGUUGUAUCGUUUUCCAGUUCUAGUCCCAGACAACUCCUGCACUGCACAUUUUAGUGUUCUCUUGACACUCCCUAACUAAUUUGUUGAAAAAAUAUAUAUGGUAAAUCCAGGAAAGCACAUGUGCAUUUCAGUUGUGCUUUGUGAUCAGGACUGAGAAACACUGAUAAUGGAUUUCAAACCAAGUCACAUUAAUGGUUCAGUGUCAAACACCUGUUUAGGUCUUAUUAAUGAAAACACAUUUUAAUGAACCCUGUAAGCUUGACAGGUAUUAUUUAUGAUGAUUGAAUAAUGAAAUGUGAUUUAAAGAAAAAUUUGUCACUGGUGUAGCAUGUAGCUGGCCACUGGUUUGGAAGUGUGUGGUGCUGUGUUCCUAAUUCAGUCAUUGUGGACCCCCAAUUAGCUUUUUUUCCCUUUUUCCCUACACGCCUGAUGAUUCGGCUAUGUUAGAAGCUGAAAUACAAGAAAAGGUGCACUGGAGAAGGCUUCUACUCAUAGAUGUGUAUUCUAUGUAUUCUGCAUGUAGCCCUGUGUGUUUUUUGGAGGCUGCGGAUCCACUUACAGGAAAGUUAGGGCUGCCUCCUUUAUGUGGAUAUACUUUCUGAGAUGCACUCAAUAGGUUUAUAUAUUCAUGUUUUAAAAGGACAUUGCCUUGCCAAUCAUUCUGAACGUCUACACAGAUCAGCGUUUUAUGGUUCAAAAGAAGAAAAUGUCCAGUAUCUCAUCAACACUGUCAAGAAACAUGGAAUUGCAUUAUGAGUAGAUUUGAGUACAGUGGCACUAUUGUGUAGUGGACAGGAUCUUAAACUCUUUGAAUAUGAAACUUUGACCUGAAUGUGGGUGCAUCUCAGGGACAUGAACAACAGUAGAAUUCAUUUGAAUGUAUUCAGAAAGAUGUUUAGCAAUCAAACAACAUAAAUAUAUACUAUGUGUAUAAUAACUUAAGUCUUCAAAAAUUUGAUGCUCAGGUUUCUAAUUUCUUUUGAUCAUAAAACCAAAUACUUACUGUCUUUUGUGCAAAACCUAGAGGAGCAUUAUUUUCGUUAUGCUAAGUCUGUUACCAGAAGUGGUCUUGGAGAACUUGCUUAGUUUGUAUUGAACUAUAUUUUAUUCACUGCUGUCUAAAUAUCAAUCUUCCUCGAGCCUAAGCUUGCAGGACGAGGUGCAAUCAAUUGUUAUGCAAUAAUUGUUAAAGAUUGUUCAAUGAGAAUUAUUUCUAAUCUUCACUGUCUUUUAAUAGUGUUGAAUCUUAAAACCACAUGCCUCACAGACUGCAUUUUAAAAGUACCUUUUAUUUCUGCAUCAUAUUCACGCUUAUGAUCCUUUGUUUCAGUAGUUAUUUAUUAAAAUAAACAACCAAAACAACUCA